AUGGUGGUCUUCAACGGGCAGCUGAGGAUCAAGAUCCGCGAGGCUCUGGACCUCAAACCCACAGCUUGGUCCUUGCGUCACGCCGUCGGUCCCAAGACGCAGACCUUCCUCCUGGACACGUACAUCGCCCUGAACGUGGACGACUCCCGCGUAGGCCAGACCUCCACCAAGCAGAAGACCAACAGCCCCACGUGGAACGACGAGUUCACCACGGAGGUCCACGACGGCCGCAAGAUAGAGCUAUCCGUCUUCCACGACGCGCCCAUUGGCUACGACGACUUCGUGGCCAACUGCAUCAUCCAGUUCGAGGACAUCCUGCAGAACGGCAGCAAGCACUUUGAGGACUGGAUUGACCUGGAGCCAGAGGGGAAGGUCUAUGUUAUUAUUGACCUAUCAGGAUCUUCCAGUGAAGCUGCAGCAGGCUCUGCCGAAAAUGAGGAGCGCGUGUUUCGGCAGCGGAUGCGUCCCAGGAAGCGUCAGGGCGCCGUCCGCCGGAGAGUUCACCAAGUCAACGGACACAAGUUCAUGGCCACCUACCUGAGACAGCCCACAUACUGCUCGCACUGCAGGGACUUCAUCUGGGGGGUUUUAGGAAAGCAGGGAUACCAGUGUCAAGUGUGUACCUGCGUGGUCCAUAAACGCUGCCAUGAGCUGAUCAUUACCAAAUGUGCUGGCAUGAAGAAGCAGGAUGACGCUGUUGGGGAGGUGGGGUCUCAGAGGUUCAGCGUCAAUGUCCCGCACAAGUUCAGCAUCCACAACUUUAAAGUUCUCACCUUCUGCGACCACUGUGGGUCUCUGCUGUGGGGUCUGAUGCGACAGGGACUCCAGUGUAAAGUGUGUAAAGUAAAUGUGCACAGGCGCUGUGAGAGUAACGUAGCUCCAAACUGUGGCGUGGAUGCCAGAGGGAUCGCCAAAGUCCUGUCUGACCUCGGAGUCACGCCAGACAAGAUCUCCAACAGCGCCCAGAGACGGAAAAAGCUUACUCAGGCUCAGGAUCCUCAGCAGCCGUUAUCAGGGAUGCCUCAGACAGAAGACGAUCGCUCAAGGUCUGCCCCGACUUCCCCGUGUGAUCAGGAUGUGAAGGAGCUGGAGAACAUCCGGAAGGCUCUGUCAUUUGACCACCGCGGAGAGGAGCACAAAACACACCAACUGUCUUCCUCCUCAUCUGUGGACACAGUCACGUGUGACACACACACAGGAGGUGAUGGAAACAGCGUCGGCCAGGAAGGCGAAGAAAGUCAGGCGAACGGCGAGGUCAAAAGUCACAGCGCUCCAGAGACCAAGAGGAUGAACCUGCAUGACUUUGUGUUUAUCAAAGUUCUGGGGAAAGGAAGCUUUGGAAAGGUAAUGCUGGCGGAGAUGAAGGGCACGGACGAGGUUUAUGCCGUCAAAGUGCUGAAGAAAGAUGUGAUCCUGCAGGACGACGACGUGGACUGCACCAUGACUGAGAAACGCAUCCUAGCGCUGGCCAGGAAACACCCCUACCUGACACAGCUCUUCUGCUGCUUCCAGACUAAAGACCGCUUGUUCUUCGUGAUGGAGUACGUAAAUGGAGGUGACCUGAUGUUUCAGAUCCAGCGAUCGAGGAAGUUCGAUGAGGCGCGAUCUCGUUUUUAUGCCGCCGAGGUGACAUCUGCCCUGAUGUUCCUGCACCGACACGGAGUUAUUUACAGAGACUUAAAGCUGGACAACAUACUGUUGGAUGCUGAGGGUCACUGUAAGCUGGCAGACUUUGGGAUGUGUAAGGAGGGAAUCCUCAAUGGAGUCACCACCACCACCUUCUGUGGGACGCCAGACUACAUCGCUCCUGAGAUCCUCCAGGAGCUGGAUUAUGGUCCGUCAGUGGACUGGUGGGCGCUGGGCGUGCUGAUGUACGAGAUGAUGGCCGGACAGCCACCAUUUGAGGCCGAUAACGAAGACGACCUGUUUGAGUCCAUCCUCCACGAUGACGUACUCUAUCCGGUUUGGCUCAGCAAGGAGGCCGUGUCCAUUCUGAGAGCGUUCAUGACAAAGAGCCCUAACAAGCGUCUGGGCUGUGUGGUGGCACAGGGUCUGGAGGAGGCCAUUAAACUCCACCCGUUCUUUAGAGAGAUCGACUGGACGCUACUGGAGCAGAGGAAGAUCAGACCACCUUUCAAACCUCGCAUCAAAACCAAAAGGGACGUCAAUAACUUUGACCAAGAUUUUACCCGUGAAGAACCUGUUCUGACGCCUGUUGAAGAGAGCAUCAUCAAGCAGAUCAACCAAGAUGAGUUCAAAGGAUUCUCCUACUUUGGGGACAAGACUGAAACCUAGACACACAAACACACACACACAAGCACACACACACACAUACACACACAGACAUGUAACAUUAACCACAAGCACCACACCGCACCUGAAAAAUGUUCAAAGACACAGUAUUUAAAGAAACACAGCCUCCUGAACUGCUCCAGAUUCUGAUCACUCCAGGAAUUAUACUAAACCAUUUGUAUUACUCGUUAUGGUUUCUGUGCUCUUGUUGUUCGUCCAUUUGUCCUUAUCCCAUUGAACUCAAGCAGCAUGCAAGUGCAGGUCAGUUACUGUAAGAAGUGACCCGAUGCUCCUUCAGAUGGUCCGGAUGUGUUUUAAAAGCAGGCGGGGGCUUUGGACGAAACUGAACUGAAGUAGAUGCAAAGGCGAGGUCAUGUUCUGUGUGAGUGUGUGCGCGUGUGUGUGUGUGUGAGAGUGAGAGAAAAAAAUAUAAUGUGCGUACAACUGUGCAUGCAUGUGUUGUCAUUUCUUUACAUAAUGUGCUGCGUCCUGUGUCUCAGUGUUUUAAGAGUGUUUUUUUCUUCCCUACAUGUGUAUGUAAAUGAAAAAAAAAAAAAUAGAACAUUAUUGAACCAGUUAUUGUAUUUAAACAUGAAAUAUCUUGAAAAAUAUUUUAUUCAUUAUGAAAAGAGUUGUGGUGAUAAAGGAGGUGUGAGAAAGAUUUUUCUGAUGAAAUCACGACGAUGUUGAAAGUUUAGUCUCAGUAUUUGUCAGUGUGUUAUUACUUUAAAUAAUAACCUGAGAAGAGGCACCACUGGAGUGACACUUUGGCAUUUUAAAUUUGAGUUCAGCCCUAUCUCAGCAGUUCUGCUGUGCUCCGUCUCUCUCCUUCGUUCAGCUUCUUAGAACAUUGACGUUUCAGUUCCUCAUUAAAAACCAAAUGGUACCACAAAUGGUACUACAGUAGCGUCCUACUGGGAGUGUUUCGAUGAGGUUUGCUUACAGUGUUAACAAGCUGUUUUGCAUAUAACGUGAUACUUGACAUGGAGACACUUGUCUAGUAAAGCCAAAUAACAAGCUGAAUCAGAAAUGUCCCGGGGUGCCCUUUAAAAAGACGACUUUUUAUUUUAGCUGAAGUGCUCGUUACUGAUUCUCUCAUUGCACCUUGUGGAGCAAAAUCUUCCUGGGUCAGCUCCUUAAAUACCUUUAUGACCAAGUUAUCCUUGAAAUGCCUUGUGUGUGUGUGUGUGCGUGCGUGUGUGCGCGUGCGUGCGCGUGCGUGUACAGUAACUGUGUUAUCAGUGAAUGUACUGGACCUACUGUCUCUAACAUGACAAACCAAACUCCCGUGACUCCACAGGAAGGUCGAGGAUCAUACACAGAGGAGAAUGUGUUCACACUGAAUGUGUUCAACUGAAUGUAUUUGCUCUGCAGUGUGUGUGUGUGUGUGUGUGUGUGGAGAGCCCUCUUCCUCUUAUCAAGUUGUAUUUUUUUAUUUAAAACAUCUUUUUGUUGUUGUUGAGUUGUUUUUACUGGAUUGUCUCGUUCUUCUUGUUGUUUUUGGUUAUUUUUUUUUUAGAAAUCUUUAGGUUUUUAUGCGAUAGAUUUCAGUGAGAAUCACCUGAUCGGACCCUCGUCUCCUGCACAGCAUAAACAUGGAGGUAAAAAAUAAAUAAAUAAAGGCUUCAAAUAAGGUUUUGCUCCAUGCUGCAGGUUGAUAACUUUAUGGCAAAUUGAAAGGAUAUCCAAAAAUGUUCAAGAAAAAAAAACUCCAAGUGCAAUACUCAUUUUGUUCUUAAAAUCGUUUUGCUCCUUUUCCUUCCUUUGUUGCUUUGUUUGAGGAGAAGUGCAGCAGGUUCAGGUCACAGAGAAGCGAGAAUUAUUCAACACCUUUUCUCACAAACCGUUAAGUAAGCAGUUCAGUGCCGGUUCCUCUUACAUAUGCAGUAUGAAUGUAAUUGAUGAAACGUGUUUGCCAAAAAUAAAUGUUGUCAAGAGCAGUCAGUGCAGAAAGUAGCGUGAUAUUAUGAGACACAUUUUUCAGGAAAAAACAAAUGGCUGCAGGCUUUAGGUGCUUUUUUUUUUUUUUUUUCUCCUUAUAUGACUUUAAAAACACGGCGGUUUCAGGUUUAAUCUUUAUUAAAGUCUCUCCAAUACUGGCAAUUUGGCUGCAGCACAACAGCAGAACAAAUCCAUAUAUAAAAAAUGAGAAGGCGACGCACGGCAAAGUUUUGAAGUCGAUAAAUGUUUUAAAAUCUGCCUUCAGAUCCUAUAAAAUAAAGAUACAUUUUUUUGAAACAUAAUAGUCUAAUUGUGCCCAAUCAUCAGUGUUCUGGUGAGUGACUCUGAGGCAUGUUUAACAGAAGUGAGGGCAGAUAAAGGCGCUAAUGAACGCACCAGAAACUAAAAUUUAAAGGGGGCUCGUUAAAUAGACUAAUAACUGCAGCGUGCCUACACAGUGUAAUUAAUGGGUAACUAAUUAUGCAUCACAGAUCCUAAAUAAGGACUCAUUCACUACUAGUUGGAGCAAAUCUGAGCUCUUCUCGAGGCUCGGCCCCAAGUGCAUGCUUCAUGUUGAGCUGCUGUAUGAGUAAAUGUGCAAACUUCCAACACAAAUUUAAGGGAAUGUGCAACACUGGAGCACGUGGAGGUCACAGGAGUUGAUAUUCAUAAUGUGUCCCGUACAAGCUGUGGACAUCAGCAUCUUUCUAAACUCACCGUGGUGAUCGUUUUUAAUGGCUUGUAGUUUUAAUUUUAUUCCUAUUCAAAAUGAUUGUUCAUGAAUUAAAUAAACAUCAUUCAUUUAUUAAACCUAGAAAGGAUUUUCAGAGAUGAACUAAACACAAUUCAAAUAAAAAAAUAAGAACAAAUGAGUGAAUGAAAAAAGGAAGGUGGAUGGGGUGAGGUUUACAGGGCUGUUACCUUAAAGCCUGCCCCGCAGGAGCAGCCUCCAUUGGGGGAUGUCUGCAGGUAUAGAUGGGUCUUGGAUUUAUAACUCGCAACAGAACGACAACUUUACAGCAAAAAAUGGCUGCAAAAAAGUAAUCAUCAUGUCAUUAUAAAACCAAAACUGCAAUUCAAAUAAAAGUCCAGUUUUAGUUUCCUAACGUUCAGCAAACAGCUGUCACCCUGAGAUUUUGAGUGCUGUGUGAGAAAGCAUUAUGACUGGAGUGAGACUGGAGCCGGGAAUAAACCGCAGCAGACCGUGCCCACUGAAGACAGUGUUUCCACCAGACAUGAGCAGCGUGUUACAAAAGCAUCCCAGAAGUGGCUUUUUGCUCUAUUUUUGACUGAAGCUGCAUCAGGUAGCAUAGAGUGGAAGAAGAAGGCAGGGAGUCGGAUGCAUUAAUUAAGCCCCCGUUCAGGCUAAACACUUUGUUUAUGAAAUGCUCGGGCAUGUUUCAGGACUGAUGCUGCAUUUUUGGGGGGGGGGGGGACCAGUACUGAUGCCAGUCAGUCGGAGCUGCUCUGCUGGACCAACUGUGUGAUGACAGCAUUUAUAAAUCUCACUAAGCAUCUUUUAUGCUUUAUGUUUUUAUGGACUAAAAUUAAGAAAAAAGAAAUCAACUAAUAUCAGCUGAUGCAUCGGUCAGACUCCAAUGACAACACAAUACUUUUCCUACAAAGUCCAUUUGAUCCAGUGCAAACAAGUCACAUAUGAAAGCAAUUUAUGGGAGUUGUGUUCUAUUUUUAUUCAUGUGCAGAGAACAUUGUAACAAGUUACCUGUCCUCUUAUCAGCUAUGCCAAAUGAGUUAUCAUGUAAAGUCCAAGAAUAGCACAAGAGGCAGCACCGUUCAUGUAGCAGUAAAAACACAUCACGUGCUGUAGCAGCAGUAUUAUGAGCUGAAGAUGCAUUACUGUAAACACAGCAGAUCAGUCGCUUAACACGAGACUAAACGUCAUGCUGAGCUGUCCAACUUUUUGAUGUUCUCUUUUCUGUUGCAAGUUUGUUUAGUCUUUCAUUUGGGGGAAAAAAAAAAAAAAAACAAAAGUCCCACUACAACCAGAAAGGGACGUCCAGUCCUUCAAGUCCUAAAUGCCAAAUGCCGUUUCCAACAAAAACAUCUCUGACGUAGGAAACUCCCUUUCAUUGGUUCUCACACCGGUGACGGACGCAGUCGGAGAUAAGUGUAACACACGGAGGCACGCCGCCCAUUUCAAACAGUGGAUACAGUAUUAUGAUGCGUACAGCGUCAGACGUUCAUCUUCCCGCAGAGUGUUACUGUGUGUUUAUGGGGUUUUUGUUGGUUUGUUUGUUUGCAGUCCCUGUAUUUGUGAAGCUCUGUCUGUACAUUUUGUUCAUUGAUGAAUAAUUUCCACGCUCUUCAUGUGUGUUUGUUGAUAGAUUUUAUUGUCCUAUAGAGCUUUUACGUGCCAAAUGUACUGUAUUUAAAAGGAUGUG